AUGAAUCAUGUUGUGAUACCUUUGGUGAAACCUUUGGUGAAACCUGUAGAAACAAGAAUACAAGUACAUUACUACAACCGUCCUCCAUGGAUUCCCAUGGACAUAUUCGCUGGUUGUGAAAGCAAGUGUUAUCUGACAGCAGGCGAAAGCAAAUCAUACGCUAAAAGUGAUGUUGUUAUAUUCCAUACCCCGUACGUUAUUGAAAGACAUCCCCCAAAGAAAAUGGGACAAAUAUGGGUGUUUCAUUCGUUGGAACCGCCAUGGAUUCAUUGGAUUAAAUUUAAAAAAUGGAAAAAUGUGUUUAAUUGGACAAUGAGUUAUAGAAGGGAUGCCGAUAUAACAAAUACAUAUGGUAUAUUUAGUAAACGAUCAGAUGAUAAAUUUACGCUGGAAAAGGAAACAAAGGACUUAUACAAAAAGUGGCAGAAUAAAUCAAAAGAUUUUGUGUGGAUGGUAUCUAAUUGCAAAACAAAAGGGAAACGGGAUUUAUAUGUUCAGAAAUUGCGAAAACUGACAGCAGUGGAUGUUUAUGGCAAGUGUGGUACAGAGAAAUGUCCAAGGAAAGACACUGCGAAAUGUUUAAAUCUUUACAGAUAUUAUUUAUCUUUCGAAAGCGAAUUAUGUGAAGAUUAUAUUACAGAGAAAAGUUUCAAACUUUACGAUCCUGAGGUUAUGACAUUACCAAUAGUAAGAAGUGGAUCAAACCUGUCCAUGUUCCUUCCUCCUGGAUCAUAUAUAGAUACCUCUAAAUUUCAACAUAUACCGGAUCUAGUGAAAUCCGUUAAAGCUUUGUCAAAUGAUAAAACAAAAUUCCAAAAAUAUAUUCAUUGGAGAACACACUACAGGAUUAAUAACAAUACAACCCAUUCUAUUGCAUUCUGUGAACUUUGCCGUCGACUUCACUUGAAAGAUAUACAUAAAUACCAACGACUGUAUACCGAUAUCGGGGAAUGGCUUCGAGGAGACAAAUAUGGACGAAAGUCUUGUAAAUCAGCAGCAGAUCUGAACUAA